AUGCCGCGCGAGCUGCUUACCAUCUCUGCAGGGCAAUGCGGCAACUCGAUCGCCUCUCAGUUUUGGGCACAGCUCUGCGCAGAACACAACAUUGGCCAGGACGGCGUUGACCUCUCUCUUGCUACGCACGGCGGCACGUCCCUUGCACCCCUCGAGACUGGUCCUACAGAAGCACAGCCAGUCGGGUCGAGGCCAGGGUCGAGAGCGUCAAGCAGUUCGCUGGCCAGUCGCGUAGAGGACAGAAAGGACGUCUUCUUCUAUCAGGCCGAUGAUGCCCAAUACGUUCCUCGGGCGAUCAUGAUCGAUACCGAGCCAAGAGUCAUUACCGCUAUCAGAGACGGUCCCUUUGGCGGCUUGUUCAAUCCGGAAAACAUCUACAUCUCCAGAGAGGGAGGAGGCGCAGGCAACAACUGGGCAAAAGGUCGUGCAUGCGGCGAAGAAGUCUACGAACAGAUCUUUGAGAUGAUCGAUCGCGAAGUCGACGGCUCAGACUCUCUCGAAGGCUUCAUGAUGCUCCAUUCGGUUGCAGGCGGUACGGGCUCCGGCUUAGGUUCCUUUGCACUCGAGAGACUCAACGACCGGUACCCCAAGAAGCUGCUACAGACGUACUCAGUCUUUCCAGACACAGGACCCAAUAAGGGAUCCGAUAUCGUCGUACAGCCCUACAACUCCCUCUUGACGCUCAAGCGGCUCGUGCAAGAAGCAGACAGUGUCGUCGUGGUCGACAACGGUGCGCUCGGUCGCAUUGCGAGCGAUCGUCUGCAUGUGCAAGAUGCGAGCUACUCGCAGACCAAUCAGCUCGUUUCGACGGUCAUGUCUGCCUCGACGGCACCAUUACGAUUUCCAGGCUACAUGAACAACGAUCUGACCGGCAUGAUGGCCUCACUUAUUCCCACUCCGCGAUGUCACUUCCUCGUUACGAGCUAUACCCCCUUUACAUCAAACGAUGUGCUCAACUCCAAGACAAUACGAAAGACGACCGUGCUCGAUGUCAUGAGGCGACUGCUGCAGGACAAGAACAGGAUGGUCACUGUUGCGCAUGGUGCCCGUACGUCCUGCUACAUCUCCAUGCUCAACAUAAUUCAGGGCGACGUCGAUCCUACCGAGGUUCACAAGUCACUCCUGAGGAUACGAGAGCGAGAACUCGCCAAUUUCAUCCCGUGGGGUCCGGCCUCCAUCCAAGUCGCCCUCAGCAGGCGGUCACCGCACGUGCAGACGAGCCACAAAGUCUCUGGCCUCAUGCUGGCCAACCACACAUCGAUCGCGUCGAUGCUCGAGAAGAGCGUGGAGCAGUUUGACAGCCUGAUGAAGCGCAAGGCUUUCAUCGAUCAGUACAAGCGAGAGGCCUUCUUCGAACACAGCCUAGACGACUUUUACGAGGCACGCGAGGUGGCAAUGCAGCUCAUUGGCGAAUACAGAGCAUGCGAAUCGCCCAACUAUCUCGAGUAUGCCAACGACAAGCCAGCGUGA